AUUAAUGGAUUCAAUAUUAACUCUAUUGGUGUAUACAAUUUCUUCAAUUUCAAUUACUAAAAUACGAAUUUGUGUAAGAGGAGGAGUGUAUAAAGCGGGUAGCGUGUACACGUAAUAUCAAAGUAAUGAGUUUUUCAAGAAAAUGUUGGCAAUAUAUUGACGACUACCUAAGAAACUCCUCAUUGCAUGGAUUGAGUUAUGUUGGAGAUUCUACACUAUCGUUUGCGGAAAGAUUCUGUUGGUUAUUGUGUUUUAUCGGCGCAGCAUCUUUUGCCGGUUAUUGGGUCAGUCUAAUAUAUAUUAGGCAAGUGCCAGUUACGAUCACUGAAAACCCCACGCCAGUGUUCGUAUCAGACAUUCCCUUUCCAACUGUCACAGUGUGCAAUGUGAACAGAGUAAAACGUUCAGCAGCCCACAGAAUGCUAAAUGAAACCAAUCAUUCGAUAACAAAAGAUAUGUUGAAAGAUUUCUGUCGCUCAAACUUUGUAAGUAUAACUGCAGCAAACGCUACUACGGGAAGUUUCCCAUCGGUUGAUAUAAAUCACUUCUUCUCGCAGAUUGGUCAUUCAUGUUCCGAUAUGGUAAUGCGGUGUUUUUGGAAAUCUGAAGAAAUUGAUUGUAAAAAAUGGAUGAAUCCCACAAUAACACAAGAAGGACUUUGUUGCACCUUUAAUUUAAUGCCCAGCAGCUACAUAUUGCGAUACAGAUCCAACAGUGACAGAUUAAAGUACACCUACCCUAUAAUAGUCGAGGAGUGGGAUCAAGAACGUGGAUUCUCUAGAAACCCCAUCCUUGAAAGCAUACCGUGGAGGUCUGAGGGUGCCGGUGUUUUUUUUGGUCUGAGCUUGAUACUCAAUGCAAAUCUAAGUGAAUAUUACUGUGGAUUUCGUAAAAGUUCUGGAUUUAAGGUUAUACUUAACAACCCUUUAGAAUUGGUAGGGUAUUCAAGGCAAAUACCUCUUCAACGCGAGACUUGGAUGGAGAUUGAAGCUUUCGUGAAAGAAACUGACAAAGAUACUCGUUCCAUACCGUUUGGAAACCGCCUCUGCUACUUUAACAGUGAGAGAUAUUUAAGAUUUUUCAGGAUGUAUAGCCGACGAAAUUGUAUAACGGAAUGUAGAUCAAAUCGGACACUUCUAAAAUGCGACUGUACACCAUACUUCCUUCCAAAAAAUUCCAAAACCAGAAUUUGUGAGCCAAGUGAUAUGGACUGCGUAUCGAAGACCAGGGAGGAUGGGACCAAUCAAGAGAUGUGUGAUUGUUUAUCGGGGUGUUUUGAAAUAUCUUACGGCGCAGUUUGUCAUUACGGAUUAUUACGUAAAGAUACUGCAGAAAACAUCAGUGGAGAUGUGCCCAUAGAUUAUUUUAUCGAAAACGGCGCAGUGCUUCAUCUUUACUAUCCGUCAAUAAUGUUAAAAAAAUAUAUUAGAAAAGAAAUUUAUGGUUUCUCAGAGUUUCUGUCGAACACUGGCGGUUUUUUAGGACUUUUUCUGGGGUGUAGCAUUUUAAGUCUGGUGGAAUUGGUGUAUUAUCUAAGUUUGAAAUUGAUAUGUUCUAUGAUUCGUACACGCAAUGAGGAUACUAUUUACCCUUUUGUCAAUUGAAACAGAUGCCAUGCACUUUGUUCGGUUUCUUUAAACAACUUGUAGAUAAUACGUAGUGCUUAAAAAA